GUUGCCGCUGCCAAAUGCAGUCGAGAGACACGUUAAAAUAAUCAAUAUAUUAUUACUUCAAGUCGAUUCUGCAUUUAUUAACAAGCAUAAAUGCAAUGAAGUGGGAGAACUAUUGUGACUUUGUGGCGGGCUGUUUUGGUGGUGCUUGCGGUGUGCUUGUGGCGCAUCCACUCGAUACCAUUAAGACAUGGCAACAGGCCUCAAAUACAUCCGUCCUAACGGCCGUGCAACAAAUUUACAGCCGCAAUAAUGGGAUCAACGGUUACUACAGAGGAAUGAUGUUUCCCCUAAUGUCGACGGGUGCCAUUAACUCUAUACUCUUUGGAAUAUACGGGAAUCAUUUGCGGCAGCUUCGAAAGGUCUGCCACAGCGAUUAUCAACGGGAGCAACUUGAGUAUCACAAUAUGUUUUUGGCCGGAUCUGUGGCCGGCUUUGUCCAGUCCUUUAUUGCAUGUCCCAUGGAGCUGAUCAAGGUGCGAUUACAAACUCAUUGCUACUACAACGACUAUCUCUAUGGCCAGCGGCGAACGGCUUUUGGCACCUUUAAACGAAUACUUAAGAAUGAUGGUAUAACUGGCCUUUAUCGAGGACUUACGCCGAUGAUGUGUCGAGAUGUGCUGCCAUAUGGCAUCUAUAUGCUGGUCUACCGGCAAGCUGCUGAUUAUCUGGACAACACGCAAUUUGUGCGUAAUCGACGUGCUCAUCCGGAUGGUUCCAAUAUUAAUCUAAUGGUCACAACUCUUGCCGGCGCCUGGGCUGGCGUUCUAUCGUGGGUGUGCGUCAUUCCAUUUGAUGUGGUGAAGACCAUCAUGCAGGCGGAUGAGAAUCAUAAGUUCCGUGGCAUAAUGCACUGCGUCCUAGUCAAUUACAAGGCUUAUGGCUGGCGCAGCAUUUUUCGGGGCAGCUGGAUGCUGCUUGCUCGGGCCAUGCCCUUCAAUGCGGCCACGUUUUUGGGCUAUGAGUACUCGCUGGAGCUGUGUCAUAAUUACCAGGGGUCGUAACUUUUAUAAGUUUUAAAAUAAAAAUUGCAAUCUAAAUAUUAAA